UACGGACCUAAAAAAACAGCUAGUUUAGCACUCACUUACUAAUGUGUGGCAGAUGUUACAGUCGACAGUCGGUGUUUUUUCUUAUUUGGACCCAGUACAUAUUUGUAAUUACUCAUCCAUUUUUAGCCAAGAUGGUGUUCAAGGAAUUGAAAUUCAUUUAUUGAAAUCCAUUUGUAAAAUAUAUAAUUUUACAUAUCAGCUUGUUUCAUUUGAUGAUAAAGAAUAUAAUAAAAGCGUUAUACGCACUAUGCUUGAUAAUAUUUUUCUUGGCAAAAUUGCUUGGGGGAUGGGUGCGAUAAUCUUAACCAGUACAAGAGCGCAAGACUUUGAUGUGACCGCAUACGUCUACAUUGACGGUUAUUCUGCAAUUUUCAGUCGAACUUUCGAAAAAUCAUCCAACGAAGCAUUUAUUCUUAAAAAUGUGGGAUAUCAUUUUGCUGAAAUGUUUUGCGGUUUGUGUAUAACUGGAGUAGUAUACGCUUAUUACAGGCUAUUCAAAUUGAGACAAUUUCAGAGGUAUAUAAACCUCGUCUUCUUUCCACUUUAUGAACAACCUCAAGAUAUUAAAAUGAUCAAGCAAAGUACUUUGAGGAUUUUGUUUCUGCUGUGGUGGUUGAUGUGUUAUGUUUUAGCAAUUUCUUAUAAAACUUAUCUGUUUUCUUCCAACUUGAAUCUAUCGACUGAUUUAAAUACAUUAGGAGAUUUAGUCAAAAAUGGUUUUAAAUUUCAGGGUUACUACUCCGACUAUACCUUCAUAGAAACAGAAUGCCAACGCGCUCCAUCAUCAUUUUGUAAACAACUUAUUCCAAGAUUUUCAGUUACAAAUGAUAUUUGUCAAACAUUUCACAGUAUGUUUGAUAAGAAAAUUGCUGUUAUCGGUGAAGUAUCUUCUUUGCGAUAUUUGUUCUAUAAAUCCUGUAACAUGAGCUACGAUCAACGAAACGAAGUCUUGUUGGUAAAUGAUUUUUUAUUCGGCCCACAAUUACACUUUUGGCCAAUGGAAAAGAAUUCCAUUUUAUCCGAACCUUUCUUAAAAAUAAUUGGCAUCUUGAAUCAAGCAGGAGUUUACCCAGUUUGGAAUAAUAUGGAACUAGGUUACAGAGAAGCAUUAGAAUCCAAAAUGACUAAAGUGGGAGUCAAUUUAAUGGCGAUCAGCAUGAAAAAAUUAGCGUUGCCAUUCAGUUUACUAAUUUUUGGUAAUAUAUUGGCUAUUUUGACUUUUCUUGUUGAAAUAAUAUACAAAAGCAGAAUGAAGAAGAAACAUUUUUGAAUUCGCUAAUUAUUAACCACUGCAUAAUAGAUUAAAAUUUUGAUGAUUAUGAUGAUGAUAAUAUGCGCAAAAAAUAAAUAAAAUAUAUCUUUUUAUUCAUUAACUUGAUUUAUUUAUACUCAAAUACUGUACUAAUUUAUUUAGACAUUCACUUUUAUUCAAUAAUUUAUAUGGACAUUUAUAAUUUGCUCACAGCGAUAUCUCAACUCGAACUGACUGAUAACAGCAAAAGUGGCUUCUCUGUCUCUGUUACGUGUGGAGGGUAG